AUGUGGAACCCCGACGCGGGCAAGCACGGCUCCGUCGAUCUCUCCACUGCCUCUGCGUCCUCCUCCUCGGGCGUCCUCGCCACCGUCCGCGCCAAGCGACUAGCACGCGAGCAGGAGCGGCGGCAGGAGCUGGCCGCACUCGCCAUUCAAAGGGUAUGGCGCGGCCGCUCGAGUGCUCGCCAGACUCGCGCCCAGCUCCUCGCCCAUCUACAAGAUAAGCCGAUCGGAAUCGAGGACACGGGCAAGGUACUCGUACUCCUUAGCGGAGAUGGGGAUAGAGACGGGUUUGGCGCGAUUGCGACGAAGUGGGCUACCAGCGCUUUGGAUAAAGAUCGGCGGCCAGCCUUUGUCGCCCAGCUCGGGGAUGACGAGUUUGCGUACCGGUUUGCGUUGCUGCUCCGGCGACUGUUGGGCUUUAUCGCAAAACAGCCAAGAACCGUGCUCUCGGCGCAGCUACUGGGCAAGCUCGUCGACCUCAUCGCCCCACCAGUAUACGCUGGUCUGGAAGCUGAGCGACGGCAGGCUUUCGUCGCGACGUUGGGCGGCGAUUGGGUCAAGACUGGUGUCGGCGCGCUGCGCGAGUUCAUCGCUGCGGGCCAGCGUCUGCCGAAGAAGAAACACCCGCUCUCCACCCCUAUCGUGUCCGUUAUCAUGGCACCGAUCGCGAUCGCGCCGCCCGCACAGGACUCGCCCUUAGUCGCCUCGCUCCUGCAGGACUUGAUGACGCUGCCGUCACUACCAUUUUCGCUCCCAUUGCCGGCACUCACGACGCUCUUGCGCAGCCUACCACUAUUCCAAGUUCUGCUGCCCGCCGCCGCCGCCGAUCCGGCACUCCUUGAUGCCGGAGGGCUCAGCACCGAGCUGGCCAAGACGCACUUCCUCUCAAACCUCGCCACGUUCGGUAUCACGGGAGGCAUGCUGCAGCGACAAGGCGCGCAGGGGAUGCGGGACUGGAUCGCAGUCGUGGGGACAAUGUUCUCGACGCUCGGCGAGGGCUGGGGCCGCUGGGUCGCGACGAGCGGGAGCGAGGUUGAGCCCAUGGUCGUGGACGACAGCGACAGCGACGACGAGGACGAGAACGGCAAGCGCGUAGCGCGCAAGCCGGUGCGGGAACCACUGCCCUCCAACGUUGCCGCGCGGCUAUACUCGUUCGCCUCGCCUGCGCACCUCGGCACGCUGGUUGCCGCGGCCAUGCAGGGCGACAGCAAGACGCUGGUGGACUUCUCGUUCUUCGUGCUCGGGCUCCUUAAUGCCUUCCGAGGCUCGGCGAGGUGGGAAGCCACCCUCGACGCGGUGAUGGAAGGCAAGCGGGGAGCGCGUAUGACCAAGCUGCUGUGGCGUGAAGGCGUACGCGGCAAGUGGGGCAGCGGGCGGAAGGACUGGGAGACGUUCUCGAGCAACCCGAACCGCGCUAUGCUCAUGCUCCUCUCGCACAUUUACUGCCACUACCUGCUCCUGACGCCUGACGACGAGUUCUUCUCCAACGACACGAACGCCCUCACGCUCGACGAGGUGCUCGACCUUAGUACGAUCUGGCGCGACCUCGCGUACUGGGGUUUCAUGGAGGGAGUGUCCUCCGGUGAAAGCCCGAGCCGCGGCCCGGGGACGGAGGAGGUGCGCUCCCUGUUCACACGCGGCGUGACGCGCGUGGCAGAGAGAAAAAAGUUUGCCCCGCACAACUUCUGGGUCAUGCGCGAGCUGAACAGUGACAUCAACUCCUUCGUGAACGCGGUGCGCUACGAGGAGGCCUCUCUGCAGGGCGCCUCUGCUCCGCGCGCACUGCGCCAGCGCGAACUGGCCUACAUCGCCCCGCGCCUCGGCCUGCUGAACAAUCUGCCCAUGGCCGUGCCCUUCGAGACGCGCGUCGACGUGUUCCGACAAUUCGUGCGUGCGGACCAAAUGCGCACGCGCGGCGACAACCCCUUCCACUCUAGCCGGGUGCAGGCGCAGAUCCGGCGCACGUCUGUCGCGCACGACGGGUUUAGGCAGCUCAACCGCCCCGGCGCGCUGAGGGGGAUGGUGCAGAUCCAGUUUGUGAACGAGCACGGGCUCCCCGAAGCCGGUAUCGAUGGCGGGGGCUUGUUCAAGGAGUUUCUCACGUGUCUCGUCAAGGAGGCGUUUGACGUUGAGCGCGGGCUGUGGCUCGCCAACGAUGAAAAUGAACUCUACCCCAAUCCGCACGGGUAUGCGACCGAACCACACCAGUUGGAGUGGUACACUUUCUGGCUCGGCCGGCAGUCGUAUCUCGACGACCUCUCCUCGCUCGACGCGGAGCUGUACCGGGGCCUAAUCAGCGUGAAGAACUACCCGAAGCCGGAGGAGCUGUCUCUGUCAUUCACAGUGACCGAGGACGAUUUCGGCGUGGCGCGCUCCGUCGAUCUCGUCCCCGGGGGGAGCGAGAUCCCCGUCACGGCCGAGAAUCGGGCGGAAUACAUCCAGCUCAUGUGCCAGUACAAGCUCGGGCGGCAGUUUGCAGCCCAGAGCCGCGCCUUCUUCAGUGGUCUGGCCGAGAUGAUUGAUCCCCGGUGGCUAAGGAUAUUCGACCAGGCCGAGCUCGCGCAGCUCCUCGGCGGCGAGCACGCCGACAUUGAUCUGGCCGACUUGAAGCGGCACACGCACUUCAGUGGCUUUGCGCCGGAUUCCUCGACGCCGACCGCGUUCUGGCGAGUGUUGGAGAGUCUGUCACAGGAACAGAGGGGGAAACUCGUGAAAUUUGUCACGUCAUGCUCUCGCCCGCCACUGCUUGGGUUCAAGUACCUGAACCCCGAGUUUGCGGUCAGGAAUGCGGGUAGUGAUACGCAGAGAUUGCCUACGGCCAGUUCGUGUGCGAAUCUGCUGAAACUGCCUGACUACAAGGAUGAACGACUGCUGAGGGAGAAACUCCUCCAGGCCAUUGAGUCGGGUGCCGGGUUCGACAUGAGCUAA